AUGACGAGUGCAUCAGUGAAGGCCGCGCAGGCGCAGCGCCUAACAGGAUUCAAAUCGGGAAGCAAGAGGUCGUUGAUCGUACGGGCAGUUACGCACCCCGGCAGCACCAUUAGCGCCGGCAGCACCUUCAGCUUGACUACGGCAGCGCGCAUCAAGGAGCAGGACAUUGCGCUGUCGUCGCUCGACGAGCGCGCGGCGCUGGUGCAAGCCACGAUGUGCUUCAAGGAGCUGGCCUCUGAACUGCAUCAGGCGGCUUCAGCGGAGGGCGUCGCCCACCCCGCCGUGCGCAACACCUGCAUCAGCGUCGCAGAGCGGGAGCUCCUGCGCAUCAGGCGCAGCAAGGCCCUCCGGGCCAACGGGGCGGCCAAUGAUGUCGAGAAUGAGGCCAUAGACCGCCUGAUCGAGAACCUCGACGAGGAGGUGGCCGCCUGGGAGGGGAACGGCAGCGGCAUCAGCAGCGGCGAGGAUGGCGGCGGCAGGAAGCCUGACCCCUCCACGGGCAGGGUGCCGACUGAGGCCAUGUGA